AUGCAGAACUUUGUUUUUGUAUUAAUUUGCCUUCUUGAUGCUCUAGUGCAUUUAGGCACCGGUCAGCAGCAUUUACGCGCACGUGCCGGACCAUGGAGACACCGGAUUCAGUGGGAGAAUAAUGGCCGGGUGUACAGUUUACUGAGCACCGGGACACAAUAUCGUCCACCUGAACAAGCGAGGAGACAGACACAGCUUUUCCUGACGGCGAAAAAUCAUUUUAACCGAGUUCAGCCCUCGGCUAUGCUGAGCAGACCCUCCAGACCUGGAGCUGCAACUGUAAACGAGAGAGCCGGAGUUCACACUCAACUAAACGGUCGGGGUCAGGUGGAUGUGGCGGUUCUUGGUGCCGACGCGGGUCAGUAUUUGCUCACCACACUCCGACCCACCCCGGGCGCACGAAAUCAGCCCCCGCCGCGCAUGGCAACCCCUGGAGAGACUGCCGGUGCAGGGUUUCGUUCACACGGCCCCUCAUCCAACGGGACGGCCCCCACUCUCAGCAUCAUUCAGGAGUUCUCUGGCAGCGGGGUCCCCAGAGGAGGACGGAGCCCGCCGGGGAAUGAUGCGCCGGGUCCGCUCCCACAAGCCCCCGCGUCACCGGUUAGAUCACCAGACUUUACGCACAGCCGUGGCGCUCCUCGGCAAUCUGAGAGCUCAGAGUUACUUCCCCGGUUACCCACCACAUCUGGGUGGGUCAACAUCAUCGAAGAAGGUGGACGACGGACCCCGCAGCAGAACAAUUUAGGGGACAGUCGCGGUGCGCUCAGAGCGGAGGCAAGUGUUUCCCCCACGGCACUGUCCAGUAAUGCUGUGGAGACACAUUUCCCUCGCCCAAGGCCUGAAGCGACACAGGCGGCGGGCAACACAGUCAGAGAUGAUGCUCGGAGUCCUGAUCACAGGAACUCAGUUUUCUAUAACAUGUACCCGCCAGCUGGCAGGAACGGGGUCGUGCGCCUUCCACCAGGAACCGGCUAUGGAACCAGGUUCUUCCACAAUGGUCUCCCAGACCUGGUCCCUGACCCCUACUACAUCCAAGCUGCCUCUUACAUCCAGAGGGUGCAGAUGUAUGCGCUGCGCUGUGCUGCUGAGGAGAACUGCCUGUCCAGGUCUGCAUAUCGUCAGAGUGUGAGCGAUCUGGACUACAGGGUUCUGCUCCGCUUCCCACAGCGAGUCAAGAACCAGGGAACAGCAGACUUCCUCCCAGUGAAGCCCAGACAUGAGUGGGAAUGGCACAGCUGUCACCAGCACUACCACAGCAUGGAGGCCUUCAGUAACUACGACCUGCUGGACAUCUCCACGGGGAGGAAGGUGGCCGAGGGACACAAGGCCAGCUUCUGUUUGGAGGAUACCUCCUGCGACCCAGGAAUACGUCGACGCUUCGCCUGCACCGCUCACACUCAGGGGCUCGGCCCAGGCUGCUAUGAUACAUAUCACGCCAACAUCGACUGCCAGUGGAUUGACAUCACAGACGUGCCACCAGGAAACUACGUUCUCAAGGUGACAGUGAAUCCCUCUCAGCUGGUGCAGGAGUCAGAUUUCUCCAACAACGAGGUGCGAUGUGACAUCAGGUACACAGGAACAUACGUCCAGGCGAGGAACUGCAGGAUUACACCGAGCUAA